GAACCGACUGGAACCUCCAAGCUUCAACAAAUUCUGCUCCACGUCAGCCGAGGAUUGUUUACUUCCGCAAAGAACUUACGUAACUGUUUAAAUCAUGUCCGUCCGACGCUUCGACGCGACUUUCUACCGGAAGCAGGUGAAGUCUGACUGCGAGGAGCUGCUCGGCCGCUUCCAGAGAACCCAGUCGGUUCGGUUCGAAGUGUUCGCCAACAUCUGGAGGGAGAUGGAGUUCUCCCAGAUGUUCUGGGGCACCAGGAACACUGUGAGACGGGCGUUCAGCCGUCUGGUCCUGGACACAGUUUACAGCUACUUCCUGCCUCCGUUCAGCUUUCAGAUCCGWGUGGGAGGACUUUACCUGCUGCACAGUCUGUAUCACAGUCAGACGACCCGUCCCUCUGAGCAGAUCCGGCUGGCCCUGAAGGACUGGGACGAUGUGAAGAAGUUUGAGAGGGARGCAGUGGACGCUCAGCACAUGGACGUUGUCUUCAUCCUUCGACAGCUGAUGUUGUUUAAAGCCUUCUCCUUCACGGCCACGCCCACUGUGCUCACCUACAGCAGGAAGAGGACCGAGGACCGGUCGGCGCUGUGUGGGGACUUUGUGGAGCGAGCGUCUCGUCCACAGGAGCUGAUCAGUGGCGAGCUGCUGGAGGAACUGUCCAACAUCCACAGCCUGUACACAAACAUGAAGACAUCUGCUGUCUCUCAGAUGACAUCACCGGCUGAUUCCUCCGUUAAUCUGAUCCAGAAGGACCUGGUCUCCCAGCUUCACAGCACCGUGCUGGACUUCUACAGCUGGCAGCGUCGACAGGAAACUGCUGACGAACAUGAGAACAGCCAGGAGGGAGUGUCCUCUCAGCAGGAGAGCUCCAGCAGAGCUGAGCUUCGGGCUUCCAUCAAGUCGAAGGCAUACGGAGAAGCAGCAGAGGUCACAAAGUCGAGACGUCAUCGCCAGGUGGAGAUGUUUUCCACUCCUGAAGAGACCGAACCCGUCCUGAAAUCCGCUUCCAACAGAACAGUCAAACCAUCUCUCAGGAUCAGAACCAAUGAGAUGCUCCCUAUCUCCGAAGCCUCAGACUGGACUCAGAUCUUUCGUCUGUCCACGCUGGAGUCGGUCUCUGAAAAAGAACCACAGAAGAAGAAACCUUUGGAGUGAUGCUGAAGGAGGACAGAGAUGAAGCUGAUAUUUUAUAAAAACAAUAUAAACACAUCUGAACAGAUUAGAAUCCUGUUUCUUAUGACAGCUUUAAAUUAUUCUCAAGAAGUUUUAUUCUGAUUUGAUUUAUUUUUGUCACAUUUCUCUUACUGUUUGUUU